UUAGAAGGGGAGGAUUUGCAGUCGGGAAACUGAAACCAAACAUCACAUCAGGAUCUGACGGAGUCGCCCUAUUGAACAUGGACGGACAAAGCACCGUUCAUGCUGGGGAGACAUCGUGGCAAUGUGGGGAUUGUGGAAUGGGAUUCAGAUUCCCAUCUGAGCUGGAAACUCAUCGGCGCAGUCACACUGGGGAGAGACCGUUCACCUGCUCCCUAUGUGGGAAGGGAUUCGCUCGAUCAUCCAACCUGCUGACACACCAGCGAGUUCACACCGGGGAGAGACGGGUCACCUGCUCUGAGUGUGGGAAGGGAUUCAAUCAUUCGUCCAACCUGCUCAGACACCAGCGAGUUCACACUGGGGAGAAGCCGUUCACCUGCUUGAAGUGUGGGAAGGGAUUCAAUCAUUCUUCCCACCUGCUGAGACACCAGCGAGUCCACACUGGGGAGAAGCCGUUCACCUGCCCCGUUUGUGGGAGUGGAUUUACGCGAUCAUCAGGGCUGCUGGAACACCAGCGAGUUCACACAGGGGAGAGACCGUUCACCUGCCCCGAGUGUGGGCAGGAGUUCACCCGAUCAUCAGGGCAGCAUCAACACCAGCAACUUCACACUGGGGAGAGACCGUUCACCUGCCCCCAGUGUGGGAAGGGAUUCACUCGGUCAUCCAACCUGCUGAAACACCAGAGAGCUCACACUGGAGAGAGACCAUUCAUCUGCUCUGAGUGUGGGAAGGGAUUCAUUCAAUCAUCCCACCUGCUGAGACACCAGCAAGUUCACACAGGGGAGAGACCUUUUACAUGUCCAGACUGUGGGAAGUGCUACAAAAGUUCUGGGGAACUGAUGUCCCAUCAGCGUGUUCACACUGACGAGAGACCGUUCAGGUGCUCUCAGUGUGGGACUGGGUUCAGGCAAUCAGCUAAUCUCACUGUACACCAGCGAGUUCACACUGGGGAGAGGCCAUUCACUUGCUCCAAGUGUGGGAAGAGAUUCACUCAGUCAUCUGCACUGCUGAGGCACCAGCGUGUUCACAAUGGGGAGAAACCGGACACGUGUUCUGCGUGUGGACGAGGCUUCAGCCAAUCAGUUGACCUGUUGAAACACAAGUGCAGUCACACUGGAGACAAUCCGUGUAAAUGUGGGGAUUGUGGGAAGGGAUUCAAAUACCCGUCUGACCUGGAAAAGCAUCGGCGCAGUCACACUGAGGAGAGGCCAUUCAGCUGCUCUGAGUGUGGGAAGGGAUUCACUCAGUUAUCCCACCUGCAGAGGCACAUGAGUGUUCACACUGACGAGAGACCUUUUAAAUGCCCAGAUUGCGGGAACUGCUAUAAAAGUUCCGGGAGCCUGAAUGCCCAUCAACGUGUUCACACUGACGGGAAACCAUUCGGGUGCUCUCACUGCGGAACUGGGUUCAGGACAUCAUCUCAACUCACUGUACACCGGCGAAUUCACACUGGGGAGAGACUGUUCACUUGCUCCGAAUGUGGGAAGAGAUUCUUACAUUCGUCCAACCUGCUGACACACCAACGCACUCACACUGGGGAGAGGCCGUUCACCUGCUCCGAGUGUGGGAAGGGAUUCACUGCCCCCUCCCAUCUGCUGACACACCAUCGAGUUCACACUGACAAGAGACCUUUUAAAUGCCCAGACUGCGGGAAGUGCUUUAAAAGUUCCUGGGAACUGAUGACCCAUCAACGUGUUCACACUGAUGAGCGGCCAUUCAGAUGCUCUUGCUGUGGUAAUCUGUUCAAAACAUUGUGUGCCCUCACUAAACACCAGCAAACUCACACUGGGGAGAGACCGUUCAGGUGCUUUCACUGUGGGACUGGAUUCAGGCGAUCAUCUGAACUCACUGUCCACCUGCGCACUCACACUGGGGAGAGACCGUUCACCUGCUCCCAGUGUGGGAAGGGAUUCGUUCAGUCAUCCACUCUGCUGAGACACCAGCGAGUUCACGCUGGAGAGAAGCUAUUCAUGUGCUUAGUGUGUGGGAAGGGAUUCACGCAAUCACGGUAUCUACUGAGACACCAGCGAGUUCACACUGGGGAGAGACCGUUCACCUGCUCUGAGUGUGGAAAGGGAUUCACUGAUUCAUCUAUCCUGCUGACACACCAGCGAGUUCACACUGAGGAGCGACCUUUCAAAUGCCCAGACUGCGGGAAGUGUUACAAAAGUUCCGGGAACCUGAUUGCUCAUCAACGUAUUCACACUGACGAGAGACCGUUCAGGUGCUCUCACUGUGGGACUGGGUUCAGGGAUUCCUUUCAACUCACUGUGCACCAACGAACUCACACAGGGGAGAGACCAUUCACCUGCUCACAGUGUGGGAAGAGAUUCACUCAAUCGUCCAGCCUACUGAGGCACCAGCGAGUUCACAGACCUCUUCCACCAGAGACACGUUUCUCCCUCAAAAUGACACAAUGAAACAAAACACAGAUGACUCCCUCAG